AUGGUGUCAACAAAUUCACAAAAUCAUGACAAUGAAAAAUCAUCAGAACGUAUUAACGUAAAAAACAUAAAUGAAUUUUUAGGAAAUUUUCUUGAAACAUCACAACCAACUUAUGAUCCAAAAAUAAUUGAAAACAAUUCUCAAACAUUUUCUAACAAAAUUACAGACGAACCUACACAAAAAAAAUCCAAAUUCACAUCUUUUUUCGAAUUCUUUAAACCACCAAUUCAUCUUACAGAUAUUUUUAAUUCAAAUUCUAUAACAAAUGAUAAUUCAUUAACCGAACAAGAAAAGUUAAAACAACAACGUCUUGCAACUCGAGAAAAGAUUAAAGAAAUAGGACAAGAUUUCUGGGAUAGAAAAAAAGAAAUUUAUGAUGCUACUUUAAUUAAUUGUUCAGAAGUUCAUACAGAAUUACAGGAUUGUUUUAAAAAAGGAAAACUUUGGGAUAGACUUACUCUUUGUACUAAUAUGAGAGAUAAAUUUUGGAGUUGUAUGGAUCAACAAAAGAAACUUUUAAAUGAUAUGGGAUACGGAUCGCCAUUAAAAACAGAAGCAGAAAACGAGGAAAUUUUACAUAAAGCAGAUAUUCAUUAUCGACAAACGAACGAGAAAGAUAAGGCUACCUGA